AUGCACAUGAAAACCUACCUGGCCUCUCGACCUUCGUCAUUUGCUUCUGUGGAUCAAGCCAUCAAUUGGCACAUCCGCAGUCGCACAAUCAGAGAUCUCGAGUCUGCAAAGGCUAGUGUGCCUAGUUUAUUGGUUCCCAAAGACGAUCGUUGGGUCUGGAGGACAGAUCUUGGACGCACACAGCGAUGGUGGGAAGAUUGGUUCACAGGGAUGAGUGGGUUGUUUCUAAGGGGUAGAGCUGCAAAGGCUUUGGUGCUUGCGGGUACAGACAGACUAGACAAGGAACUCAUGGUGGGCCAGAUGCAAGGUAAGCACUCCUAUUAUGGAGACCAUAGAGUAUGGCUAACUCUCUUCANNGGCAAGUUCCAACUCACAGUUAUUCCGGAGGCAGGCCACUUCAUUCAAGAAGACGUGCCGGAAAAGACGGCACACCUCAUGAUCGAAUUCUUCAAGCGAAAUGAUCGAAGCAGUCUGGUCCUGCCGCCCAAAGUUUCCGAUCUGCUCGCCCAGGGCAAAAGGGUGUAG